GUAAUAUAUCACCUGACAAGGUUCCUAAAUAGUUUCACAUCUACAGUAUAGGGGUCAUUUAUUAUAAAAGUAUAUGAGGUGGGUGUAAACAAGUAAACUGGACCUAACCACAGUCUAGAAUGUAUCACAGGUAUCAAGAAAAGGGAGAGAAAAGAAGAUUGGCCAUGAAUACAACACAGAUCCAAACAGAAAGUCAUGGACACACCUUGAGAUUCCGUUACAAAUACAAGAAAUAUGUAGUGGACUGUAAUGAGUCUAUGGCCAUCCAACAAGGACUUCAGACAAACAUAUACUUUAAUGCCAUCUGUAAGAAAACCUGGAAGGGAGGAAACAAGGACGUGAUCAUCCUGAGAGAGCAAAUGCCUAGAGCUGCUGUGGCACCACAUUUCCCCUGCAGUCUGCUCAACCACGACGAGCUUCUGGACAUCAGCUUCAUCAGAUCAGGUGGAAACAGUGGCACAUGGAAGACACAGAAACUUGCUGUUCACUCACCGGGAAAUUUGGUUUGUUUCUACAUCAAGGCCAGAGGAGAGAAAAAAAUCCGUACUGUGCUGAAAAACAAUGAACUCAGACGAAUCGUGGAUUACGUCUGUGUGUAUGCACUGAAAGGGGAAAUGGUGAAAGAGGCGCUGAAGCGUGAUGGGCGAUUUAACAAAGUGAUUUUCAGGAAAGGGGCACUCUAUGGGCAGGAAACUGAGAACACAGUGAGUCUGUCUAAUCUCGUUGAUCAUUUGAAUGGAGAGCAGUUUCAGAUCAUCGUCUCUCCUCAUCAGACAGGCAGCCAGGAGUCGAGUCAGGAGUCGAGUCAGGAGAUAAGUCAGGAGUUUAUGAGAGUUUAUGAGAGUGAAAGUGCAGAUGCUAAAAUUCCUCAGAAAACAAACCCCAACCAAGUGUCCACAAGUACUAAACAGAAAGAAACAGUGACAAGGCUAAAAGAAAAUAAGUCUAGAAAAUAUCCAGAAACAAAAGAGAUCCCAAACACACAGGAGAUCGUGAACCUUCUGCAAGAGCAGCACAGAGAUUUGUUGAAGACACUGAAAGAACAGGAGAACCUAAAGAAUAAUGGUGAAGUGAAGAGGUUCUUCAGAGUGGAGUUUGAUAAAAGUGUUCAGAGCUUUUCGGAGGUGAACAUGGUUAAACAGUUGAUGAUGUUGUCUGACUCUGUCUGUCAGAUCCGCGUUGAUGGUUCUCCAAUUGGAACCGGAUUCCUGCUCUUUAAGAGGUUUGUCCUCACCAACGCACAUGUUGUUAGAGACUUAUUCCCCUGUAUACCAGGACUGCAACGCAAUCUAACAGCUGUGUUUGGAUUUGAAGCUCUGAACUUUGCAGGAAAUGUGAUACCAGUAGAGCCGAACCUUGUUUCUUUCUUUGAAGGAAAAGAUUACAUGGGGAACUAUCUGGACUUUGCUCUGCUGGAACUAAGCAGUGAUGUAGAACUUGGUCUUCCUGAAUUGCUAAGGUGCUAUAGCACUCCCCCAACCAGGGGUGGUGUCUGCGUAAUUGGACACCCAGGGGGAGGAGUUAAACGAAUGGACCCCUGUUUUAUUAUUGCAAAUGAGGACAUUCCACAAGCAGUAGAGAGACACCUUGAAAAGACCCCAAACCUUCAUGUUUUUCGUGUUAUAACAAAACGUUGCCUGGCUGAUGAUUGGGCAAUCCAUAAAUCCCAGAUCACUUAUAAUUCCUGUUUCUUCCAUGGAUCAUCUGGUUCACCCGUGUUUGACGAGCACUGUAACCUGAUUGGCAUUCACACCGGUGGAUAUGUUUAUGAAGGAGAAAGAAGGGAAACGAGGAGUGUAAUGGAAUACGGCCUGCCAAUGCUCCCUGUUCUGGUGCGCAUCUUCAUACAGUGCAGCGAGAGAAGAAGAUCUGACAUAGUUCAGCACUUUGAAUGUCAAAAAAACCUGACAUAUGUUCUUCAAGUAGCAAACAAACAGCUGCAGGAAAACAUCAGACAACCUAAUGACAUCAGGUUGGAGCCUUUCUUUUCAGCAACUGAAAGUAAAGUUUCUGCAUUGUAUCGCGGUAUAAAACAAGAAGAAAAUGAACACUGUGACGUUGUUCAGUACUGAGACUUCUAAAAUAUCAGGCGUAGGAUUUAAGCUUCAGAAUGAUGGAAUGAGGAGCAGUUCAUAUAUAAAUUAUGUUUCAGUUACAGCGAGGGUUCAACAUCCAGAAACCACUGAUUAGUCAUCACUUCAUCGCCUGCUUGGAUCUUUAUUUUCAUAGCUUUUGGCUUAAAUCAGUUCUUUGCAUGUUUGCAAUUAAAUUUAACCAUUCUCUGUUUUUAGGUUAAUGACAUGAAGGUUUGUUGCCACUUCUUUUAAGUGUAGUUGCUAUUGAGACUUCAGUCUCUCAGUUUUGUUUCUUUCUCUGUUCAUUUCAAUUCAAUUUUAUUUGUAUAGCAUUUUUUCACUGUCACUAAGCAGCUUUACAGGAAUACAAUCCCAGGUGAAAAAAACGUAUGCUAAGUGUGUUAAAUCCUAGCAUGCCAAAGCAUACUUAAGUGUACUUGAAGCCAGACCAAUGAUUAGUAUACUAGCAAUUUAAAAAAAAAAAAUUUUUUCUAUUGUGUUUAAGUUGUAAUUAAAUUACACAAAAGCACACUAUUAAAUUUACAGUAGACCCUUGGAUUGCAAGUAACCCGGUUUGUGAGUGUUGCCCAAGACGGGCAAAACAUUUUAAUGGAUUUUGACUUAAUAAACGAGCAAGUCUUGAUAUACCGAGUAUCACGUAUCACGCAUGCCCUUCUUGUUUUAACGCCAGGCAUCACGUGAUCACAAUUGAGCCAAUAGUUCUUCUCUCUCUCAUGCUGCGGAAUUGUGGGUAACUGUCCCCUCUGCUUGGUCGUAUAGUCAACAUCUUUUAUUUUGUGUUUGUGUGUGUGCACUCGCGUGGGGUUUUAGUGAAAGUUGUCCCACACAUCAACCCACUUCCCCUCUCUCUGGUCUUGAUUACAGCAGCCAUAAUUCUUUUCAAAGGUAAAAUUCAGGUUAAUUCAUUUUAUUUUUUAUGGGGAAAUUCGCUUUGAUAUACAGGUGUUUUGAUAUACAAGCACGCUUCCGGAACCAAUUAUGCUCUCAAUCCAAGGUUUACCUGUACUUUUAUGUACUAAAGUGGAACAACCUUAAAUACACUUAACAAAGUAUAUGGCUGUGUAUGUACUAAUGUAAAUCCCUGACACAUUGAUUAAUGAAAUUAAAGUAUAUCUUGAAGCACAUUACAGCUAUUUUUACAAUUAAUAGCUUAUUUGCUAUUGUUAGUUAUGUGUGUUAUGAAUACACAAAUAAAAUACCAUGAAUAUAUUAGCAUUAGCAUGCUGUUUU